AUGCCACGCAGGAAGCGCAGGCUUGCGUCGCGAGUGCGUCACUAUCUGAGGGCACUACUAGCCUUCCUGUUUUCAAACGUUGGAGUGGUUGUACUCGUUGUAGCUUACACUAUAGCUGGCGCCUUCAUGUUUCAAGCAAUAGAGGGUGCGAGUGAGAUGGAGAGAGUGAACAAUAUGACGAGGGAAAGAGACAUCACAGCUCAGUAUCUGUGGCAGAAUGCGACGCUGACUUUUAACAUGUUCAAUGAAACAGCGUUGAAAGAAAGCAUCAAUGAGGAGCUAACCCGCUACCAGGCGACGAUCGUCCGUGCUGCACGCGGCGGAUGGGAUGGCGGGCGAUCGUCGCGACAGUGGAGCUUCUCCUCAGCAUUCUUGUACUCUCUGACUGUCAUCACAACUAUAGGUUACGGCCACCUCAGUCCAAGGACCAGUUGGGGGAAAAUCAUGACAAUACUGUACGCUCUACUCGGCAUGCCGCUAUUCUUGCUAUACCUGAGUAACGUCGGUGAGCUAUUAGCUAGCUGGUUUAAGUGUAUAUACGCACUAGUCUGUCUCUGCAGAGGUUGCCCAGGUUUCUCAAGACGACGCAUCAUCCAUAUACGUCCACAGUUUGAGUUAAGUGACGGCGAGAGUAUUGAGCGGCCAGUCGCUUGGGAGGCUGGUGUUAGUAACACUGAUGAUGACGUCAUCACCGGAUAUCCUCUUCAUCACCUCCCUAUCAGCUACUACAGUGGUCAGAGAGUUCUCCCGCCUCCAGAGUUCCGUGGGCAUCGUGAGCAGAAUGAUCACAACGCCCACGGCCAUAUUGAGUUAGAAAGCAGCGAAUUCAGCUACGUCACCUUCGAUGUUCAAACCAUCACUGUGCCUAUCAGUGUAUGCGUUUCAUUUAUGGUUGGAUAUAUAAUGUUCGGUUCAAUGAUCUUCGGUCUCUGGGAGAAGUGGGACAAACUCGACGGAGCUUACUUCUGUUUCAUAUCGCUCAGCAGUAUCGGUUUCGGUGACUUCGUUCCUGGCGAGCGAGUGUACACUCCUCGUAUAGAAGCUUCCUUUAUCGUCUGUUCUCUGUACCUCACGCUAGGUAUGGCUCUUGUCGCCAUGUGUUUUAAUCUCAUGCAGAUAAAAGCCAUUUUCUUUGAUCAGAGGUCAGAAAUUAAUAUUAUAGACGUGUAA